CGCCAUAUAUAAACUAAAACAACUGCCUCCUGCUUCUACUGUCACAAGUGAAAGAGUCACGGAGCGGGCUGAGCGCGAGGAACAGCUGGGGCUGCAGAGCUGACACUCAUCUGGAACCGCAAGAGCUGACACUCUAUGAAGAAAUCUAUCCUGGGACACAAGAGCUGACACUCCAUCCAGAACCACAGGAGCUGACAUUCUAUACUUGGCCACAAGAGUUGACACUCAUCCAGAACCACAAGAGCUGACACUCUAAUCUGGGCCACAAGAGCUGACACGCCAUCCUGGGACACUAGAGCUGGCACUCCAUCCAGAACCACAGGAGCUGACACUCAUCCAGAACCACAAGAGCUGACACUCUAAUCUGGGCCACAAGAGCUGACACGCCAUCCUGGGACACUAGAGCUGGCACUCCAUCCAGAACCACAGGAGCUGACACUCAUCCAGAACCACAAGAGCUGACACUCUAAUCUGGGCCAGAAGAGCUGACACUCUAUCCAGGACCACCUGUCAGCCCCCACUACCUCCCUUCCAUGUGCUCCAAGAUGGAGCAGCCCUUCUACCACGAUGACUCCCUGCUGUCUGCCUACUCCCGCCCUGACGCCGGGCUCCUGAAGGGCCCCCUGGGGCCAAUGUCGGACUCCUACCGUGUCCCCAAGCACGACCUGUCCUACUACCCCAGCCAGGUCUCCCCGUCCUCCCUGCACUCCGCCCCGGCCAGUCUGAAGAUGGCAGCCCCGGAGCUGGAGAGGCUCAUCAUCCACAGCGGCCCCGGGGUCAUCAAUGGGCCGGGCGCUGGACAGCUCUACUGUGCCCACCGCGGAGGGGGCAUGACGGAGGAGGAGGAGGGCUUUGUGGACGGCUUCGUGAAGGCUCUGGAUGACCUGCACAAGAUGAACAGAGAGGGGCCCCCCAAUGUGUCCCUGGGGGCCGGGACUGGGCCCAUGGGUGGUGGGGUAGCAUCCCAAGCCAACAGCAUCUAUGGAGACACUGCAGUCUACACCAGCCUGGCCAACUACCACCCCAGCUGCUACAGGCAACCCUCAGCCACCAUCAACUACCUGCCCCAGGGGCAUGGGGGCUAUGGGGUAUCUCCCUUCAAAGAGGAGCCCCAAACCGUGCCAGAGGCUGGAGGGAGCAGGUCUGACAGCAGAGACAGCACCCCAGCUCCCAUGUCUCCCAUCAACAUGGAGGAGCAGGAGAAGAUCAAGGUGGAGAGGAAGAGGUUGAGGAACCGCCUAGCAGCCACCAAGUGUCGCAAGAGGAAGCUGGAGAGGAUAGCCAGGCUGGAGGACAAGGUCAGGGAGCUGAAGAGUGAGAACAAUGGGCUGAGUGGCACAGCUGGGGCACUCAGGGAGCAGGUGGAGCAGCUGAAGGUCAGGGUGAGGGAGCAUGCCAGGCAUGGGUGCCAGCUUCUUCUGGGUAGCAAAGGGCACCAAGUGUUCUGAGAACAGAGAUCUGGGACCUCUCAGAAAGACUGACUCUAUUCUUGCAGAUCUCAGUAAUAAGAUCCAACAACCCCUGCUUGUAGGGACAGACUGACAUUCAUGGUUUACUGGAUCUUCUGGUGGGGGGCCCUUCCCUCCCCACCUUGCUGCCCCCCACCCCUCCAGUACUGCUGUCAUUCUUUCCACCAGCAAAGAGGAAGAAGACUUGCAGAAGAUGAGGGAACUCACUGUCCAUCAAACUUGGUCCUCAAAGGAAGAAAAAGACUUGAAUACUAGACUGUCACCCCUCCCUAUGCAGCCAGGUCAAGGAGGUGGUUUAAAAGUUUGCCAGGGACUUAAAAUAUGCAUGUUUACUCCAGUGAGAACUAGAUUUGGCACCCCACAUGUUUGUGGAAUGUGUGAGCACCAUUUAAAACUUAGUUCACAAACAUGAGGGGUGCCAAGGAUAGUGCUUACUAUUUCACCAUUUGGCAUUCAAAGUGUUAAUGGUCUCUGUGGGCUUUUCUCUUCCUUAGCACUUAAACUAAACAUUGUGUCUUCCCAAUUUCUGGUUUUAAGAAUAACCAAAUGUUUGCAGUUCUAUAUCUGAAAAUAAGGAAGGGUUUGCAAAUCAUGUGACUGUAUCUUGUGAAUGGGGGAGAGGGGACUAGCUGGUAAUAUGGAAAAGGGACCAGUCAUCUAUUGUCUUUAAAGAUCCUAUGGAUCUCCUAAUACACACUCUGGAAAGUGCUGUAUGUCGAGAUUCUUAGUAUGUACACACUGAUAGAACAUGCUGCACUAUAUAUUAGUAUAGAGUAUCUUGAAUGGUUACUCUUACAGUCUUUACCACAAUUUGAGAAUCAACUGGAUGUCUGUAAAAUAUAUUUUUAUUAAAUGCAGCAAAGAAAAGGAACAAUUUUUUUUAUUUUUUAAUGUUCGUGGAAGUUUACAAAAAUAACACUUUUUAUUGUUUGUUUUGAAGCUGGUAGCUCUGUUGAAUAGCAUUGCAGAGCAGUGUUUUUUCCUGUUCAAACAGAGCCUUUGUUUAACCCCCUGAAUGCCAGUGAGGUGGACAGCAUCUGACACUACCCUGGCACUCAGAGAGUUCCAAACAAAAUCCGCUUUUAUUUUAUUUUUUUUCUUAUGCGUGGGGUUUUUUUUUUCUGCUGGUAUCGGAAAAAUCCCCAGUUAAAUGUUACGUAUGUAUUUAAAGAGAAAAAUAUGCACUCAUUAAAAGGUACUUUCAGAAAUCUCAGAUUUCAUUUUUUUGUUAGUGUUUCUUGAAAGUGCUGAUUUUGGGAAAUAAUAAAAAAUAUAUAUUUUUAUGUUGGGAAAGUAAAAAUUGUUUUUUUGUUUUUGUUUGGUUUUAUACUGCAAAUGUAAAAUGACUGCCUCUGUGCAGGCUAUGUGCUGUACAAUUUUAUAUAUUGUUUUGUUUUCGUAUUUAAGUAAAGGAUAUUGUAUAAAACAGAAA